GCUUCAGUAAAGUGAAGUUGCAUUAUUGCGAGCGCCACCAGUGCUGGACAGCGUUGAGACUCAAUCUGCGACUUUUGAAACAACCUUUUUAGUUUUGCAGUUAGGUUAACGGGGAAUAUGAGAAGUUCAACAAGUGUUCAUAGUUGCAACUGUCAUUGUUAAGUGGACAGAUUCUUUGAAAAUGAGAAUUAACUUUAAGAGUCUCGGCGCAGUGUUACUGUUCCUAACUCUAUGCACAGAAGUGCAGAAGUCCGAGUCUGCGGCAUGUCAUGGCUGUGGAUCGGGAUCAAAGUGUGAUUGCAGUGGGGUGAAAGGAGAAAAGGGUGAUCGAGGGUUUCCAGGACUAUCGGGUCAGCCAGGUGUUCCAGGUUUCCCUGGGCCAGAGGGGCCAAUUGGACCUCGUGGAGAGAAGGGUGAUGAUGGACCUGAUGGGCCAAUGGGGCCAAAAGGCAUAAGAGGACCUUCUGGAUUGCCAGGAUUCCCAGGAACACCAGGAAUUCCAGGUAUCCCAGGACAAGAUGGCGCCCCAGGACCCAGAGGAAUUCCUGGCUGUAAUGGAACUAAAGGUGAAAAAGGAUUUACAGGAAGUCCAGGUUUUCCAGGUUUAGAUGGUCCACAAGGUCCAUCUGGUUUUCCAGGACAGAAGGGAGAGCCUGGGGAUGUCAAUGAAAUUAGUCGCAUCUCAAAUAAUGGGAAUCCUGGCAUUGAUGGUUUGCCGGGUACCAGGGGCGAUCCCGGACUCCAAGGUCUUCCAGGUCCCAUUGGUCCUGCUGGUCCCCGUGGCUAUGAGGGUCGUCCAGGCCCUCCUGGUCUACAAGGGCCAAAGGGAAACAUGGGAUUGAACUUCCAAGGACCUAAAGGAGAGAAGGGGGAUCGUGGAUUACAAGGACCUCCAGGGCCACCAGGACAGGUUGGCGAAGUCUCAGGCUUACCUGACACAGUCAUUCAACAAGGAGAAAAGGGUGAUCGUGGCAUACCCGGAGAUUUUGGAUUUCCUGGGCCUCCUGGACCUCCUGGCCCACAAGGUGGCCAGAAAGGUGAUAAAGGAGAACCUGGGGAUCCUGGAAAGAGGGGAAAACCAGGCAAAGAUGGUGAAACUGGUAGCCCAGGAUUUCAGGGUGAAAAGGGAGAUUUAGGUCCUCCUGGUGUGUCUGGUAGAGAUGGUGUCAGAGGUGCGAAAGGAGAACCAGGACCUCCUGGACCUCCCGGAUUUGGGGGCGGACCAUUCCCAGGUGGAAGAGGACCAAAAGGAGAAAUUGGUGACCCUGGGUCACCUGGCCCUAAAGGAGAUAAAGGACUUCAAGGUUAUCAGGGACCACCUGGUCCACAAGGUCCUCCAGGAAUUGGGGGUCCUGGUCCUAGCGGUCCACCGGGUUUACCUGGAGAGAGAGGAGAAAAGGGUGAUGAAGGACAGCCAGGAAUCUCCCUCCCUGGGCCACCUGGAAGGUCAGGUUUUCCAGGUCCCCAAGGUCUCCAAGGACCUCCAGGUCCCCCAGGAACCUCCAGAGGUAAUGAGCAAUGUCCUCUUGGUCCUUCUGGACCUCCAGGCCUGCAGGGGGAGCGUGGAUUUCCAGGAGAUGUAGGCCAGAAAGGUCAAAAGGGAGAGACUUGUGUGAAUUGCUUCACAAAUGGGAACCCUAUCCCUGGACCACCAGGUUUUCCUGGUCCUCCUGGAAAUCCAGGUACACCUGGAUUUCCUGGUCCUAAAGGAGAUAGAGGAUUCCCUGGAGGGCAAGGGUUUAUGGGCCCACCUGGUACACAAGGACCUCAGGGUUCCCCUGGAUUCCCUGGUGAGAAGGGUGACCCAGGUGAAGCCAUCUCCGUUCUGGGUGUGAAAGGGGAAAAGGGAGACACAGGUUUUCCUGGCCCUCCCGGACUGCCAGGACUGGAAGGAAGACCUGGUCGUGAUGGAGUGCCCGGUCCCCCUGGCCUCAGAGGACCAGCUGGUUCUGCACAGUUGAAAGGCACACAAGGUCCCCCAGGUGAUCCUGGCUUGACAGGUCCUCCAGGAGACAGGGGUCAGCCUGGUUCCCCAGGAUUUGGUCCUCAGGGACCCUCUGGAGAAAAAGGUAUCCAGGGUGUUUCAGGAAGAACAGGGGCUCCUGGAGCACCGGGUCAGAAAGGUGAACCUGGGCUAGCUGUGUCAGAUAAGGGUGAACGUGGACCCCAGGGUCGUGAUGGAGAUCCUGGUUUGCCAGGAAGUCCAGGUAACCCAGGCCCACCUGGACAAUCUGGGUUCCCAGGUAUCCCUGGAGCCAAAGGAGAGCCUGGUCUUCCUGGUUUGGGCUUGCCAGGACCCCCUGGUGUUAAAGGAUUUCCUGGUAUUGCUGGUUCCCCUGGUGGGCCUGGCAUUCCUGGACGGCCAGGUUUGGACGGACUCCCUGGUCAGCCUGGAUCACCUGGAUCCAAAGGAGAACCUGGCUUUGGUUUACCGGGCCCUUCAGGUCUUUCAGGAAUCCCAGGCAGUAAAGGUGCAUCUGGGCCUAAAGGUGAUCCUGGUUUCCCUGGAAACCCUGGUGCACCAGGGCGACCAGGUCUUGAUGGUGCCCCUGGAACUAAAGGUGAUCCUGGUUUUCCUGGUGGUCCUGGUACUCGUGGCCCCCCAGGGCCCCCUGCCUUUGGCCUUCAGGGCCCCCCUGGUCCUCCUGGAGCACCUGGCUCAAUGGGAACUCCUGGAGUCCCUGGUUUGAAUGGAGAGAAGGGAGACCGUGGCCCCCCUGGUCAGAGUAUUCCAGGAUUGCAAGGUGACAGAGGAAGCUCUGGACUCUCUGGACCUCCUGGCCCAAUUGGCCCACCUGGGAGUCCAGGAGUACCUGGUCAAGAUGGCCAACCUGGACUGCCUGGAUCUAAGGGGGACAUGGGUGCCAUGGGGACGCCAGGACCUGUAGGUUUCCCCGGCAACCCUGGAAAACCAGGCAUUCCAGGACCAAAAGGAGAUGAUGGUGUCCCAGGACGACCAGGUAGCCCAGGUUUUGGAGGAUCAAAGGGAGACAGAGGUGAUACAGGCCUUCCAGGCCCACCUGGCCAAAUCUUAUCUCCAGCCGCAUAUAAGGGACAAAAAGGAGAACCCGGAAUUCAAGGUUUGAGUGGACAACCAGGAGCAAAGGGUGUUUCUGGUCUCCGUGGAGAUUCUGGCUUUCCUGGGCAAGAUGGACAGCCAGGGCAACCCGGACCCCCAGGCCCCAAAGGUGAGCCUGGUCUUUCAGGAAAUCCAGGGUUCCCAGGAGGACCAGGACUGAAGGGUAGCAUGGGAGAGAUGGGAAUCCCAGGAGAUACUGGAGUGAAGGGAAACCCUGGCCAAACUGGCCGAACUGGCCAGCCUGGAUCACCAGGAGGACCAGGCUUCCCGGGACCCAAAGGUGAUCCUGGCUCAUCAGGAUAUGGUUUGCCAGGAAAUCCUGGGCCUAAGGGUGAACCGGGAACUCCAGGAUUCCCUGGAGUGCCAGGGCUGAAAGGCCAACCUGGUGUUCCAGGACCUUCGGGAUUGACUGGCAGCCCUGGACCCAAGGGUGACCCAGGACCCCCAGGAUUCCAAGGUGCACCUGGCAUUCCUGGCCCUAAAGGUUUGGAUGGAGUUCCAGGCCCUUCUGGUCUUAAUGGAUCUCCUGGUAGGCCAGGAGAUCCUGGCCGAUCUGGACCAACUGGCAUUCCUGGUGAUAAAGGUUUUCCUGGUCGUGAUGGCAUUCCAGGGCCUGCGGGACAAAAGGGUGAACCAGGUGCUCCAGGUCUUGGUGGGCCAGGCCUACCUGGUUUCCCCGGGUCACCAGGGCCUAAAGGGGACUCUGGCUUUCCUGGUUCUCCCGGUGGUCCUGGACUUCCUGGUCCAAAGGGUGAGGCAGGAUUCAUUGGGUUGCCAGGACAAUCUGGUCCUGUAGGGCCUCCUGGCCCUCCAGGUCUGCCUGUGCAGGGGCCUAAAGGUAACCAAGGCCCACCUGGUCCUCCUGGAAGAACCGGUCCUCCUGGCCCUGAGGGUCCCCGUGGCCCUCCAGGUAGUGGAGGAGUUAAGGGCGAGAAGGGCUUACCUGGACUCCCCGGGACACCUGGUGCACCUGGACUGAAAGGAGAUUAUGGUUCCUCUGGUUUCCCGGGUUCACCAGGUCCUCCAGGACCCAUUGGGCUUAAAGGAGAUUUGGGAUCUCAAGGAGUUUCUGGAUUCCCAGGACCUAAAGGACAGCCUGGCCCCAUGGGUCCUGCCGGCCUCCCUGGGGACCGUGGUGAAGUUGGCUUUCCAGGACCUGCUGGUGACCCAGCUCAGUCGCCAAGCCCUAUUGUUUUGAAGGGGGAGCGUGGGCCUCCUGGACCACCUGGUUUCCAAGGCAACAGAGGCCCACCAGGACCUCUGGGACUGCAGGGUCUUCCAGGUUCACCUGGCAACCCGGGUGACCCAGGUCCAAUGGGACCUCCAGGAUUUAAUGGCUCACCUGGAAGGAAGGGAGAUUUAGGACCAUCUGGACAACCAGGUCCGCGUGGUUACCCCGGCCCUCCUGGUCCAGAUGGAAUUCAGGGCCCUCCAGGUUACUCAGGACCAUCAUCUGCAGCACACGGUUUUCUGAUAACACGCCACAGCCAGACCAUUGAUGUGCCAGAUUGUCCUGUUGGCACAGAGCUCAUCUAUGAUGGGUACUCUUUACUCUAUGUGCAGGGCAACGAGAGGGCACACGGACAGGACCUGGGUACGGCCGGUAGCUGCCUACGUCGUUUCAGCACCAUGCCUUUCAUGUUUUGCAACAUCAACAAUGUUUGCAACUUUGCCGCCCGCAAUGACUACUCCUAUUGGCUGUCAACACCAGAGCCCAUGCCUAUGAGCAUGGCACCCAUCAGUGGAGAAGGCAUCAAACCCUUCAUCAGUAGGUGUACUGUGUGUGAAGCCCCAGCCAUGGUGAUUGCUAUACACAGCCAGACCAUUCAGUUGCCAACCUGCCCACAGAACUGGGAUCACCUCUGGAUUGGUUACUCCUUCAUGAUGCACACCAGUGCAGGUGCGGAAGGCUCAGGUCAGGCUCUUGCCUCUCCCGGAUCCUGUCUGGAGGAAUUCCGCUCCGCUCCAUUCAUCGAGUGCCAUGGUCGAGGCACCUGCAAUUAUUACGGCAACUCGUACAGCUUCUGGCUGGCCACUGUGGAUGUGAAUGAAAUGUUCAGAAAGCCGCAGUCGGAGACACUAAAAGCUGGAAACUUGAAGACCCGUGUGAGCCGCUGUAUUGUGUGCAUGAAGAGGACGUAACGUAGUGGCAUCUGUGCAGUCUGUUGUUGUUGUUGUUGUUGAGGAUCAGUCAUCGCCUACAACAACUGCAGCCGUCAUGCUGAUUACCAGUGGAAUUGCAUUGGGGCAGCCUCUCCAGUUUAACUCUAUGGUGCUACUGUGCAACACAGCAAAAGAUACUGAACAAAAUAAAUUAGUUUUUUUUCCCAAAGAAGUACCUCACAAGAAAUAUGCAGAUCCAGCAAAGGUGCCAUGGCAGUUGUGACACAAAGUGCAUUAGAUUUUUUUCCUCUGAGAUUUUGCUGAGAUUCUUUUCCGAUAUUUUCCUACAAUAUAUUUUAUGUUACACAAAAUGUGGUACAUUUUUCGGAGAAAAGCUCUCUCAUUCUUUUUUCUUAUGAGUGGGAUUGUCUCCAUGUUACCAAAUGGGCACUUUGAAUUUCAAAGAGACUAAAAUGCACUGAAGCGUUACAUUAGUGGGACUGCUUUUUUUAAGCCUAGCAUUACCCCCCAUCACUUUCUCUUCUUUUUGUUGUUGGUGAUACUAACACUGCUGUAUCAGGACUUUUUAGCAAUGUGUCAUUUAUCUCUUUUGUAAGUUAUACAAUGUGUAUAUUGUGUAAAACACCUUUUUAGUAUAAAACAAUUUGGUUCUAUAAUGAAUUUCUGGGUUCUUUGUUGAUAUGCUGACUCACUCACUCACUUUCAUUCACGUAUUAGCUCACACAUUCAUUUACACUGACAUUUGUACAAAGAUCUUUCUUUAAAUGAAACAGUAUUUUAUAUAAAUAUAUAGUAAUUAUUUGUUGUCAAGCAAUUACAAAUUACUGACCUAAAGGAGUCAGUGGCAUUGAUCGUAGCAUACCCAUUUUGUUUUUAAAAACCUCAUGGAAAUGCAUAGAACAAAACGUAAACAUUUUCAGAAUUAUUUUAAUAGGUCUUUCCUCCAUUCUGAUUUAAUUUAACCAGGAAGGAAAUAUCCGUGGAAACCCAGAACCUAGUGUUCCGUUGUUAAUUUGUGAAGCUUUCAUUGGUGCUUGAUUGUUAAUCUACACCACAGUGUGGUGUAUAGUUCAAAUGUGGAUAUGUUUUCAAAUCCUUUUGAAAGUCAUCAUGGGGUGCAAAAAUUUGUAUUUUAAAAUCAUUUUCCCUUUUUUUAUGUUUAGUAUCCAAAGGUUGUUAUAAACUUAAAUGACUGAAAUAAAAGAAACAAUCUUUGUCUGUGCAAGGUGACCUUUUUUUGUGCC